AUUUUCACAUUAUCCUCAUUCAACCUCCUCUUGGUUCUUCACAUUCCAUCUGCAAUUCUUUCAAACCCUAAACUCAAAAGAAAAUGGUAAUAAUUGGAAUUGUUUAUGCUGUUUUUCUUGCAAUGGUAUCAUCUGUCCAUGGUUAUGGAGGGUGGAUUAAUGCUCAUGCCACCUUCUAUGGUGGAAGUGAUGCCUCUGGAACAAUGGGUGGAGCUUGUGGUUAUGGAAAUCUGUACAGCCAAGGGUAUGGUACAAACACUGCAGCACUGAGUACAGCUCUGUUCAACAAUGGGCUUAGCUGUGGUUCAUGUUAUGAAGUCAAGUGUGUGAAUGAUGGGAAAUGGUGCUUGCCAGGGUCCAUUGUGGUCACAGCCACCAAUUUCUGCCCACCAAAUAACGCCCUCCCAAAUAAUGCAGGAGGAUGGUGCAACCCUCCCCUGCACCACUUUGAUCUCUCCCAGCCUGUCUUCCAGCACAUUGCACAGUACAGAGCUGGAAUUGUCCCUGUUGCUUACAGAAGGGUGCCCUGCAGGAGACGAGGUGGCAUAAGGUUCACCAUAAAUGGUCACUCCUACUUCAAUUUAGUACUCAUAACCAAUGUUGGUGGUGCUGGUGAUAUACAUACAGUGUCCAUCAAAGGGUCGAGGACUGGUUGGCAGCCGAUGUCAAGAAACUGGGGACAAAAUUGGCAAAGCAACUCUUAUCUUAAUGGCCAAAGCCUCUCGUUUAAGGUCGUUGCUGGUGAUGGCAGAAGUAUAGUAUCCUAUAAUGUUGCACCCCCGAGCUGGUCUUUUGGACAGACCUACACUGGAGGGCAAUUCAAUUGAACGGAGCAUUAGAAAGUACUCGACAAUAUUAUUUUACUGCUGUGAAAGUGUUAUACGAUUAGUAUAAGUGUUUAGUUUUUAACUACUAUGGUCACUGGAAUUAGUAUUGUGACCUGAGAAGGGCAUAUAUGAAAAUGCCAUUCCUUUUGUUUUCCAUGUUACCCUUCUGCUGCAGAAGGCAGAAGAUAACAGAGGUGCAGAUGGUACCACCCGCCUUCUAAUUGAAGAAUGGUAUUAUAAAUAUUUUUACUUUAAAUUGAAAUCA